UAUACGGGCAACGAGUAGGGGAGGUAAAUUCCAGACCAGACCAGACCAGCCCAGAGGAGAGAAAUCUAAAUCUUGCUUCUUUUGUUUGUUGUUGCCAACCACCGAAGGGAAAUCCGCGUUUCCAAUUUGGAUCUGGUGGUGAUAGAGACUAACAGAGUCUUAGUCUGAGUCACAGAUCGAGAAGUUGCGACGCCGUCGUCAAUGAUGGCCUUCUCUUCCCGCUUCUCUUUCCUCUUCAUUUGCCUCUCUCUCGCCGUCUCUCUGUGCUUCGCCGAGGUCCGGGUCACCGAGAUCCGAGACGAUGACCGGGCCAUAAUUCCCUUCGAUGAGUUCGGAUUCACCCACACGGGUCGCCUGGAGCUCAACGUGUCAGGGAUCUCCUUCUCCAGCCAGAUUCCCAAUCCCCAACUCUCGAAGAUCGGAUUCCUCCUCUGCACCCGCGAAACGUGGCUCCACGUCUUCCAGCAGCUGGAGGAUGGAGAGAUCCAGUGCGCCCUCGAUUCCGACCUGGUCAAGAAGGUAUACACCUUCGCUGACCUCAAAAACGGCAACGAGAAGAGCUUCGGCACCGUCUUCUCCGAGACCGACGCCGAUCAGUUCAUCCUCCUCUUCUCCAACUGUAUCCCAAAGCUCAAGGUCUCCAUGGACGUUCGAUCCGCCAUGUACAACCUCGACGGCAAGAGCCAGCGUCGCGACUAUCUCUCCGCUGGAAAAACCGUUCUGCCUAGGGUUUACUUCCUCUUCUCCCUGGUCUAUUUCGCUUUCGCAGGCCUUUGGAUCCACGUCCUCCACAAGAAACGACUCACCGUUUUCGGCAUCCAUUUCUUCAUGCUUGCCGUCGUCAUCCUUAAAGCUUUGAACUUGCUCUGCGAGGCGGAGGACAAGUCGUACAUCAAGCGCACUGGUACGGCGCAUGGCUGGGACGUCCUGUUCUACAUAUUCAACUUCUUGAAAGGAAUUACUCUCUUCACGUUGAUCGUUCUCAUCGGAACCGGGUGGUCCUUCUUGAAGCCCUACUUGCAGGACAAGGAGAAGAAGGUCCUGAUGAUUGUUAUUCCCCUCCAGGUCGUCGCCAAUAUCGCUCAGGUCGUGAUCGAUGAGACCGGCCCAUUUGGCCAGGACUGGGUAACUUGGAAACAGGUGUUCUUGCUGGUGGAUGUGGUCUGCUGCUGCGCCGUGUUGUUCCCCAUUGUCUGGUCCAUCAAGAACCUUCGCGAGGCGGCCAGGACAGAUGGCAAGGCCGCUGUGAACUUGAUGAAGUUGACGCUUUUCCGGCAGUAUUACAUUGUGGUCAUCUGCUACAUUUACUUCACCCGCGUUGUGGUCUAUGCCUUGGAGACUAUAACCUCCUACCGCUAUCUUUGGACCAGUGUGGUGGCUUCGGAACUGGCCACUCUUGCUUUCUAUGUCUUUACCGGUUUGAAGUUCAAGCCUGAGGCUCACAAUCCUUACUUUGUGAUUGAUGAUGAGGAGGAAGAGGCUGCUGCUGAAGCGCUCAAGCUGGAGGACGAGUUCGAAUUGUGAUUCUCACCAUCAAGAAGAUGAUGAUGAAUUGAUGAUGAUGAUCAAAAUUAUGGUUUCAGAGGUAUAAUCAGAAAAAUACAAAAAUGGGGGUUCUGUUCUUUUUGAAAGUUAUAGGCAUAUUUGGGAUAGAAUUUGUGUUAUUUUAUCCUUGCUAUGGUGUUGAGUUGCUUGCUUUGAGCUGUUACUGUUAGAAUCUUAGGGGGACUCUCAUAUACACAAGUCUGUGAAUUGGACAAUAUGUUUUAGAUAUCUGUGAAUUGGAUAAUAUGUGUAACUACUGAUACUUCAUAUUUGGCAUUCAUUUUUGGGA